GGAGGCAUUUGCGUGAAUCUUUGUCUGGUGUGCGCGUCGUUCUGUAAUCCACCAUUUUUAAAAAGCAUUUAAUGCUGAUUUUACAUAAAAUUGUCGCUGUAAAAAGUAUUUUCUGUUCCUAAAAGUCUGCAUAGUGCAUUGUAUUGUUGGUAAAGUUGUGAUUGCUGUUGUGCGAAAUGUCGGCGCCUCCUAGGAUCACUUUGAGUCUGGCUAUUAAAAAUCCCUCUAAUGCGGCCGAACUAGUCGCGGCUGACGUUGUGCAGAAAUAUGAGGAACGCUGGAACACGGGCGUUACAAAUUGCAUGGAACUGUUCUUUGCGAGCACCGGACGCGAGCCUCCCUAUUUGCCCUUCCUGCCGGAACUCAAAGUUGUUUACGAUGCCUUGGACGAUGGGAGUAUCGAGGAUUUGGCUGAAGCUCGCCUACAGGCAAUCGAGCGCUUCGCGGACGAGAAGUACAUCUUUAACUGUCCAGAGUUCCUGAAGAAAGUGCAAGUGUUCUUUACGGAAUUGCUCAGCACGAAGUAUACCUUGGUCGAUGACGAGAAGUGGGUUAACUACAUAGUUGCGAUUCUGCAGAAAUUCUCCAAUUACGAGUCAGAGUACACAACCACCGUUGCAAUGUUCUAUUACCUGCUGCUUGCCAAGUGCUUCGAGACGAACAGAGUGCAGAUGAAGAAGGGCACAGAUCCGAAUCCUGAGCGCGAAGAGUACUUCAAGAGACACCUCUUGGUCUUCCUCUCGGCGGUGCCAAUCACUUAUGGCGUAUCACGUCCGGCGAUGGACAUUCUCUCCAAUCUAGCGUUGAGCUUAUUCCAGUCCGAUGAGACAUUCUACGUGCUGGAGAACUGCCAAUUGCAUCUGCUCAUCAAUCUGCUCGGCAUCCAGCACAAGUCCAACAAGGAUGUGCUGCACUUCCUGGAAUUGAUGCUGGGGCGCGCCAGUGCGGACGUGAAAAAGGCCACUGUUGAGUACCUCGGCAAACACACAAAAGUCCUCACGUUGCUGCUGUUUAAAAAUGAGAGUGCGCAGAUACAGAUUGCUGCGAUCAAGCUCACCUUGGCGUGUCAGAGAGUUCUUGCCAAUAAGAUCUUCUUGACUCAUGAUGAGACCAUGCAAGUGUACAACAAGAUGUGUCACUCAAACAACAACAUGCGCGAGCUGGCGAAGAAGUUUUUCAUAUUGACCCACAAUAAAACAGAUGCGCUGGUAAAAGGACAGACGAAAACAAUUCUGGAGGCGCUCAUUAUUCUGAUCACCAAAAAAAGGGAUUGCAUGGAUUCUCUUAGCACGAUCAUCAGCUUGAUGUGGAAGAACUUCCCGAAGCAAGAGCAGUUCAUCCAUGAAGUGUGCAACAUAAAAGGCACCGACAAAAGAAUCGCUUUCAAAAUACAUUUCCUCCACAUAAAAAAAGUAAUGGAGCCUGAUGUUGAGAUCAAGUACAAGAGGGACGCAAUCGAGUCAUAUCUGAGCAAAAUCAACAUGAUUAUCAAGGUGUGCGAUACAGAUCAGGGAAUCUUCGAAAUCAUCGUCCAUACACUCUUGAACAUGGACCUGAAGACGCACUAUACGCCGGCAUUUGAAGUGCAAUUGAAAACGAUGGUGGAUUUCUUGAUGAGGAAGUUGCUGCUGUGCGAAUUCAUGCCGACGCUGUAUUUGGUGAACUUGGUGCUGCGCAAGAUCGCAGAAUUCAAUGAUUACACAAAGGACAGGAUAAAGAAGAUGAUCUUAGACAUGUCACAGAACUUCAUACGUGAGGUGACGGGUGUGGCGGAGGAUACGGCUCUGCAGCUGAGCGCCGCGUUGUAUAUCCACAAUGUGUUGGACAACAUGACGAAAAUGAGAAUGUUUUCCCUCUUGGGUGCCACUAAGCAUUUCCUGGAUUAUAAUAAAGCUCACACUUUGCCGAGUGUGCAUCACGUCUUCACGAUUCAUGCGGAAUUGCUGAGUGCCAAGUGGACAUUCAGGAGUGUGGAUGAUGAAGAUCUUAUAAGAGAAAUGGAGCACUUCCUUGACACCCACAUCACGCCCUAUAUGCUCACCAUUGAGGGCGAUCCGCUGAUCAAUUUGGAGGUGAUGCAGUCAUUCUCCGUGGUCAUCACGAACUUCGUGAGCCAUGCACCAACGCGGGGCUACGCCCAAUGGAAUCUGAUGCAGGACACGUUGCUGGGCUAUGUCCAAGAAGUCGCGUUCUCUAUGCAACCAGAGGAGACCACAUCCUCUGAUGGGCAUGUUUCUGCUCCCAUUCCGCGCACAAUCUUAGAAACCCUGUUAAACCUUAUUGAAUGUGUCCAAAAUGCUGAUCAUCAGAUUAACAAGAGAUUCGCAAAGAUAAUCUUCCUGCUGGCGAAGUCGCUCAUCUAUCCGGAUUUGGUGCACAAAUCCCUGGAGAUUCUCUUCAAGCUUCCAAAGCAAUUCAUCACAAUGGUCGGUGCGGUUUGCCACAGCUUCACCUUCUAUCCGGAGGAGAAGACCUUUAAGCAGUUCCUGCAUUCGGUUGAAGAUGUGCUGGCGGCUAGAGAGCCAGAUCAGCGCGUGAUCAAGGGCUGUCGCAUCGAGAUUGUUGAGCAGUACAUUCAGAAUGUGGGACGAUACAUUACGUACAAGUAUGAACUUGAAGAAAAGCAGAAGGCGGCCGAAGCAAAACAGAAGAAAGUCGAUGCAAAGAAGAAGGAAGCCGAAGCAAAGCAGAAGGAGAACGAGAAUCGUUUGGGCGUCAUGAAAGCCAUUAAGGAUCUCGUGAAGUCAUACACUGCGGAAGAGCUGAAUAAACUCGUCGAGACACAGCAAGAAUACAUUUGCCAGGAUUACCUCAAUGCCAAGGAGAAGGAGAUUCUGAAGUCAUUUGUGAAGUUCCUAAAGGCUGAUCACUCUGACGCUCGUACUGCCUCUCCUGGUCCGUCUACCUCAGUCGCUGGCUCUUCUUUAUCGCCGCACCCCUCGAAGGCUGCUGAGCCCAAACCUGGGCCUUCCAAGCCGCCGAGAUCACCUGGUCCAUCUACCUCAAAAACAGGACGCUUAGAUUUCAAAUGAUCACUUGAUCGAUCAUCAAAGUGUGUGUGUAAAUUUAUUAGUCUGAAUUAAAUCCUAUUUCUGCAUCAAA